AUGGCCACUGUCCUGGGACGCCAUGGACCCCAAUGGGAUGAUUUGGCUGAAGGAGACAUCUACAUGAUCAAUGAUUCCGGCCGUCCUGGCAACAGACCUUGCUUCCUGAACGCCAUGGUGGGCAGCAAUGGGAAGGUCAUUAACUCUAAGAGCUCCAAGACGAUCUACCUGCACAUCUCCGAGGAGAGUUUGACUAAGCGUCUAGACAGGUUCCGUGGCCAUUCUCUUGGCAGUGUUCAGCAGCUUCAAGGCCUGCACACGUUCACGGCCAAGGUCAUGAGACUCAACCAGCACAGUAAGGAUGCUUGUGAGGGCAGCAAUCGCGGCAACGUGGUCGGCCCUCUCGCCAUGGAUGAUUAUGACAAUGGCGACCUCACUUGGCGCGUCAUCGUCCAGGAGAAGUUCGAGAUUCUUGGUCGACUUGGGCAACCUGAAGAUGACGAAGCGGCAGUCAUCGACGGCGAUGACCUGGCGGAGAUCGCCGCGGCUGAGGAGAGUGAGCAGGACGAUAAAGCCAAGACCCGUGAUCGAUAUGCCAAGGAGCCCAUGCUUUUCCAUUGCCUCCCCAUGGCUUUCUACCGGGAGAUGCUCUCAUCAGUGGACGCAGUCGCAGCCAUCAGCCUAGCCGGCGAAGGCAAGCUGGCACUUCAGCGCAUUUUGCGUCGCAUCCCCUAUACGGAGAAGCACAAGGAAUGCCUCAUUGACUUGCUUGCUGCCCGCAUAUUCAAACUCAUGAGAAGCAGUUCUGGUGGCAAAUUGUACAAGCCAGAGCUUGCUGAAUUAUGGUCCCAGCUUGAGACUGGCGAAAGCACAGUGAAACUGCCGACACCGAAAGCCAAGUUGAAACCAGACGGAAAAGCCAAGUCCAAUGCCGCGCCGCAGGCAAUCAGUGGCGGGAGUGGCCCUCAGGGAGACGGCAGCGCUGGAGGCAACGCCGCCGCUGAUCUCAUGGAGCAGGUGAAGGCAUUGGCCGCGCAGGCUGUGGAGGGUGCAGCACACGCCUGA